AUGUCCACAGUUGAAGAAUCCCCCGCUCAGAGAGCAGCUCGCCAGCGUCGUGAGCGUCGCGAAGCCAAGAUUAAAGAAGGAGGUGCCGCUCGUCUGGACAAAAUCACCAGCUUGAGUGGACGCACCCCUGCCGCUGAACGACAAGACCAAGAUGCCUCCCCGUCUCCAUCUCCCCAACCCCCGGCAUCCAUCUCCUCAGGAGUCGACACGCAAUCACCAGCAUCGCCAUCCUCAGCCGCCGCCGCGAAUAAUCAACCCGAACCCCCCAUCGCACCCACCCACCCCUUCCCAGACACCCAGACCCAAUCACCCGAAUCGCUACAAGCCCAACAAGAAGCCUUCCGCGCGCUGCUACGCCAGAGCGGCCCGCCCCCAGGUAGCGGCAACCAAGGCGGCGCCGGCGGCAUGGGCGACCUCACCAACAGCCUCGGCCUAGACGAAGAAGACCCGACCGUCAAGCUCCUCAACUCUCUCAUGGGCGGCAUGGCCGCAGGGGAAGGAGGACCUAGCGCUGGCGCUGGCGCUGGCAACGGCAACGGCAACAACAACGGGCCCGCCAUCUCGCAAGCCGAUCUCGCGACCGCGUUGGGACUCCCGCCGUUCGUUGCGAGCAUGCUCCCCGGUGGAUCCACGCCGCAGACCGAAUCCGAGAAGAAGGCCAUCUGGACGUGGAAGAUCCUGCACGUGGUGUUCGCCAUCGCCGUGGGUGUCUACUUCCUCGUGUUGCUGGGUUCGUCGGUCUCGUUGUACGGCGAGGCGCCGCCGCCGCCGGCGACGGCACGCAGUCCCUUUUUGUUUUUUACGACGGGCGAGAUGGUCAUGACAGGGGCGAGGGUGUUGAUGAGACGCGGGAGCGGGCAGGCAGGGCUGGGGAUGUAUUUCCACUUGUUUCGCGAUGUGAUAAGGGAUGGCAGUUUGGUGGUGUUUUUGCUGGGGAUGGGCGCUUGGUGGAAUGGGGAGUGGACGGCUUGA